AUAUUUACGAAAUAUUCAAAAUGGCGAAAAUUAUGUACGAAUUAUUACAAACUUUCAGCUGUAUUUGGGUUUUUCUGCUUCUAGGCACAUGUAAUGGAUUAGGAACAUUCCAAAUUAAGCAUUCACCAGAGUAUGUCGUGUUCCGACAAGAAGCACAACCCAUUCCUUCAAGUGAAAUUUCUCCUGUCGUUUCCCAGUUGCUCGGCUUUACUGUUCAUCAGGGGGUAUCAUGGAAUGGUUUGAAAUCUGUGGACUUCUUUAAAAGACCCAAAGCAAAUGUCCUGUUCACAGUUGAAGGUGGUGAAAACAUUGUCAAUUUGAAUUCUAAGCUCGCUUAUGGUCUAACAAUGGACACGCCCGUAAUAUAUACCCAAAGGCUCGUUGAAACCCUAGAGUCAGGGGAAUUUGAUCAUAAACCUCUGAUCGUCGACUACUCGCUUACAGAUUUUUUACCGAAGCUUAAAUUACGUUAUCCAGAAAUUUUUGAUUCUCUACCAUCUACCUUUGAACAAAUUCGACGACACAGGGUAGAUCGAUUUCUUAAGGACGGAGGAGAGUCUUUAAAUGCGAGCAAAGAAAUCGAUAUGCAAUUUUUAGCCGAAUUAGAAAUUGCUUCGACAAUAAUCGACGCUAUUCAUUCUAAAAGGAGUUAUAUAGAAGACAACAGUCCUGAUUAUAUCCACAUGCGUUUUACAGCUCUGAGGCAGUUAAGGCAAACUUACGGCGAUGAGAGCGUACAGGUGAAAGCAGCUGCCAAAGCUCUUGCAGCCUUCGUUGAUGACGUGCGUGUUUUUUGGCUAAAGAAUUAUUUGUUUAUUAUAUUUUAUUUAUUUUCAUAUUUCAUUAUUCUUUUUUUUUCUUUUACAACCUCUUACUUCAACAGGCCGCUAGGCUAUUUAAAAAAUUUUACAAUGGAAACGUAGUCAUUGAACAAGUAGUGCUGCCAUCUGUCGUCGAUGGACCUCAUUUAAGAGUAGUCCGCAGUCUUCAAGAAAAAUCAUCUGACACUAAAAAAGAUGUAGGCCUUUCUUUUUUUUGAGAAUAACAUAUACAAUUACUGAUUUUGUUUACACAGCCGAACUUUGCUAACGUUACCGAAUCGUAUCCUGUUGUUUUCAAUAUAAUGUUAUGGCUUAUGGUAAAUUUUUUUUUCAUUUGUUUAAUUUCAAACUUAUUCAUAGAACAAUAGGUUUCAAGUCUAAUGCUACUAUAACACAAAGAUUAUAAUCACUCGUAUUGAUUAAGCAAAUGCAUUGUUUUCCUGACAAACUUUCAAUGUCACUUUCCUCGUAUACAGAUUAUACUCAUUCUCGCCACCAUUGGUAUUUCAUUGACGAUGUGGAAUAUGGAUCCAGGACGCGACAGCAUCAUCUAUCGAAUGACUAGUCAACGCAUGAAAAAAGACUAAUAAUUCUCUUUAUGUAAUAUUAAAGACAAUGAUCGUUAUCAUAGGAAUAUAGAUAUUAUACACACAAUAUACAAAACCCUGUAUACAUACAAUUUCAUUUUGUAAGAUAGAUCUCGAUUUUGACUUAUAAUAAAUAGAUUGCAUUUUAAAAACGUCUGUGAGCGUAAUCCCGAAAAAAUUCAAACUGUAUAUAUGUAUAUAUAUAUACAACAAUAUUCUAGUGUUUCUGUCCCUGCAAGUCCUGUAAAUAUGCUUUCUUCGGCGGUAGGCGAACAGUAUCGCCCAUGGACGACGAUCGUCGGCCUUUAUUCCCAUCAUCGUCAUUAAUUGAUAGUUUCCGGACGGUUGCGCGUUCAUCAUUCAGAUUAUCAACGCUACCUCUCUCAACUGUCGCUCGAUCUGUACGUGGCAAGUGCUGAGGAGACUGUCGAAUAAGCGAUGGAGGUACGAACGGGGAAGUAGCAUUAGCGGUAGGUUCACUAGAUUCACGCCAAUUGGAAUUAUUUCUUUCCCAUUUUUCUAUUAAUUCACGAUUGAAGCCAGUUACUUCAAACAUACAACGUUUGUUAGAAUCCUUCAGACGCUGUGGUAGUUCCUCUGUUUGUUCAGUUUCCAUUUGGGUUUCUCUAGGUCUAGAAUGCAGGAGUGAUUCAGGAAUAAUAUUGGGCAUAUGAUCGGGUGUGGUUUUCGGACAUAUGUUAACAAAAGUCGAAAAAUCUUUUGUGCUUUUUAAAUCUGUAGGAGUGUAUCCCGGACCGUGUCUACUUAUCGUCAUUCCAAAGUAUCCUGUUACUUUCUCCGUCGCCUUCGAUGCCUCAUCCAUCUGACGAGAUAGACUGUUUAUUCCGUCGCACGAUAAAUCGAGCGGCUUUUCGUCCAUAUUAAAAGGGUUCAAAAGGACAUUUUGCAUUUUUCUCAAUGUGCUACAGGUCGAUUGAUCAUCUGUGAGGAAAAUAUGGGGUUUUAAUUAGGCCAACACCAGGUGGCUCUGCGCUUUUAGAUAUGAUCAUUGGCGACUUUCUAAUUACGAUUGCGUACUGUCAGUCAAUUAACAAUCUGUAUUAUCGCUUAUUCGAUGGUUUGAAACCGGAACGACUCAUAAAAAGUUACCGAUCACUUACACUCAGUCCCAGAUAAAUUUCAAUUAAAUAUAAACACGCAUCAAUACGUCGCUCAGUUGUUGGUAAAAAAACAACAAAAAAAAUCUCAAACGCCUACGUAAUCCAAGGGAACUCGAACCAAUGACCUUGAAAUAGGAAAGGAUCCCAGCAAACAAGUUAUACAAUUAAUUAAUUUCAUAAGACGAUCAUAUUAUCCUCCUUUCGGCAUAUUUUUUAUAAUCGUCAUACUUUAAAAAUUUGCUAAUGCGCACGCGCCGAAUAAAGGCUUACAUUCUUCUAUUUACCAAUCUAAAUCAUUGACCGGUAAUGGGUCAUUCGUCAAUCUAAAAUAACAAUUCCUAUUCCAUUAAAAAAUUUAAGCAUACGGGUUUAUCCCUAACGACAUAUGCGCAUAUAUGUGUUAUCCAUAAUAAAAGAAUGGAAAACUUUGCCAAUAACAAUUUAACAUCUGUCAAAUAUACUUACACAAAAUCUAAAUAGUCCUCUUCGUCUAAAAACUAUUAACAUAUACGUACGUACUCUUAAAACACCUUAAGAUACGAAACGAAUUCAUAAAACAGUGAAAAAUCGUGCGGCGGACAUGGAUUGAUCCAGCCAGCUGAAGUACCUACAGUGUCCGAUAAACAGUUCAUCGAAAAAGCGCCAUGUUCGCUACGUAUUCCUAUCUAUGGCAACAUUUAUUUAAUAACAGCUUAGAAUACGGGACCAAUCUAAUCGACCAACUUUCAGCCUACGACCAUGAGACGCUUAUGUUGAAGAAACUAGGGCGUCUAAAAGAAUUUAAGUGAACAUUUUAUUAUGAACCCAAGGGUUAACAGUGCUUAACUCGGGCUGUAACCUUGAUUUCUGACGAGUUUUAUCAAAUUCUAUUUAUAACAACCAAAGUAAAAGCUCAUCUAACACAAGUCCUAGAUAAUGGACAAAAUCUUACGCCGACUGUUUUAUCGAGGUCGUUGAGUACAAUCGAUAAUUCUACGUCAGUAGCUGCUUUUGAAAAUGUUCAUGUUUACCAGGGUUUUUAUUCCUCUACCAUACUCAUAAUGUACUAUUUCAUCGAAAUUCGAUUUCUUAAUAACGAUCUAGCCUUCGAACCAAAAGUCCUAUCUAAUGUUGACCUCAAAAUAAUCAAUCCGAUCAUAUGUUACAUAAUGACAAGAUGGUGGUAGCGCACUAAAUACCUUAUACGAAAACUCUAUCGGUUAUUCACUUCGUUCGCCUACGUGAAAAAUGACGACCAAUUACGGAUAAAACAAACGACGUUUUUUUUUUGGAUAUUUGAUGUUUACGACUACUGACUACGGUUGGGUGGAGUUGAAAAAUAAAUUUUAAGCGUAGUAAAGAAGGCAGGCUUAAUAAGACCGUUUGCUGUCGGCCUACAAAAAACUAGAACGUAGCCAGUCUUGCGGUCGCCGACCUUUCAAACAGGACCGGUAGUGAGGAGGCUAAUCAAACGUGUGCUCCCUAAAGACUCAACUCCUUUAAUGCAAAUAAAAAAGGGAGGGAAUUAUAGGCAAUGUCCCGCGGAUACUUACCAGCCUUUAUGCGGUCAAGAAGCGUGUCCCUAUUGUCCCCAAGCGGCGUUCCAAACUGUCUCUGUAGACUGGGGCGAUAUUAUUUCACAGUCUAUCGUCAAAUAUGCAAUAUGUCCUUUUAUGAUCCGAUGGUUAGCAUCGCUAUCAAUAAUAAGAAAAGGCAAUAUUAGACGUAGAACAUUGAAGAGGCUUCUCCAUUUUUCUGCCCGAUAGGCGUAGUUAAAAAGCCGGUCAUCAACGCCACCUAUGUUACAUAUAUUUUUCUAUUUAUUUAUAGACCUCACUCUGAAUAUCACUAUUUUCCUUUUUAAAACUCGAUCAAUAAAACAGAUAUAUUGAAUUCGUUCAACUUUUCCAUUAAUGAUAGAGCUAUACAAGACUAAAGAAAAAAAAUUAUGAAUGCUCUGCACAAAUAUUCUCGAAAUUCAGGACUUAUUGUACUAAUAGAGCGUCAGAUUCUUAAAGAACGUCCUGAAAGGGUGUUUUGUUCGCACAGCACGCAUAGAAACAUAUUUUUUUCAUAGCUAACUAAAACUUUCUAGUCAAAAAUUUUUAUGACAUUAUGUUGCUACUAUUGUCACACUUUGGGAAUUUUAUAUUAU